CUUUUAUCUCGGACGAGACACCAACAAAAGAUCACACAAGAAUAAUAACCCAUCGCUUGAUGUUAAAAUAACUCAAUUGAAUAUGGACAGACUUGUGCGAUUGAAUUCCGGAAUCCAGCGAAUGGAGACACAGCUGCUGACCUUCGUGCAGAUGAUGAUCGGCAAGGCGGCCAGCGGCGGCGGCCACCUGAUCAAGAUCGUCGUGGGGGGGAGUGGGCUAGUGAUCAGGAUCGUGAUCUCAGUCAGUGGCAAAAUGCUCGAUGUCGUCGCCACAAGGAGUGCCCGCGUGGUUUGCCGUGCACGCCUCAGCUUCGCCGAACUUAUGGACAUUGCAGUCGUCAGAGGCGGAAACCUAUUUGAGGUCUGCUGCUACCGCGGCGCACAGCUCUUCGAGCAGGCCUGCAUCAUUGGAGACGAGCUUGUCGCCAGGAUCACACGCAUCGGAGAAAUGCUGUCGGCCGAUGGCGAAGAUCUACUGGAGCAGGCCAUCGCAUGCGGCACUCACGUCUACGAGAAUGCAUAUACAAACGGCGGUCGGAUGAUCAACCAGGCCACCACCAGGGUUGGCACCACCGGAUCACGGCUUGCCCACGUGCUCUCCACGGGUGGCUUUCGCCUGGUCAGCCGUGUCACCAAUGGCGGUGUCUACUUGGCUCAACGCGCCGCCACAUUCGGCGGCGGGCAAUGCAUGAAUCUGCUCAGACCCUUCUUCCGUGGUUAUGGGCGACUGCGAGAGCUGGUCGAGGAAUACGAACAACAAAUCAUUGAUGCCGGGAAGCCGGAGACAAAAGACAUUCAUGGCUGGAAGAUGUACGGGCCGAAGGAGCUGCGGCUGCUGAGCGUGGCAUGCGGCAUACCGAAGAAGCAUGCAGUGUGCCCAAUGUUGGGGCAGUGCGGGGAGGAUGCCUGGUUCGCGACCAGCACCAGCCGCGGCGAGACACUGGGCGUGGCCAAGGCCAACGGCGUCAAGAGCGGGCGGAUCUGUAACCUCUCUCCCGGAGUGUUUAGCUACUCCUUGAUGCGCUCCUGCGAGCGUCUGGCCCGGAUGCCCAGCCACGAUCCUCGUCGCCUAGACGUGCUCCUGCACCGGGCCCAUCGCGAUGUGCUGGAUGUGCGCCAUCCUGUCCUGGCCAGCUGCAACACUUGCAUGCUCAGCCUGGACCGCCGCACAAGCACCGUCUACGCGACAAACGUCGGUGGUUGCGGCUUCCUGGUGGUGCGAAAUGGACGAAUAGCUGCUCGCUCGAGAAAACAGCUUCAGCUGUUUAGCACCCAGUUCCAGGGGGUUGGCGCCUACCUCUAUGGAGAUCCCUACCAGGCGCCGAUUCAGGAGCUCUGCGUCGAGGUGGGCGACAUGCUGCUCUUGGGCACCGACGGGUUCUUCGACAAUGUGGACGAUGAGUGCGUGCUGUCCCUGAUCACCGAACUCGACGGCGGCACAGACCCCCGUCGAAUGCACCUGUAUGCGGAAACCCUGGCGCUGAUGGCACGCGCAGCCGCCUGCAGCAACGUUCGACCAGCUGGCCGCAACUUGAAGAUGGAUGACAUCACCAUCGUCCUGGCGGUGGUCAAUUAGUUGUCCAGUUCAUGGAAAAUGGUAUAGCGACUGCUCUCAAGGAAUCCGGCUACCGACACCACCAUCCAAAGAUGCGACACCACUGGCAGCAGUCACUGGCGAAUGAGCCACAGAUGAGGGGAUGCACAUCCCCCGAUCCUGUGAACAAUUGCCAGUGAGUGCUGUCCAACAGAGAACUGCCGCGGUAACCAUCAUCCCACAACAGCCCAACAGCCCAAUAGCAGUCGCCCGAUGGGAAUUCUUUUUACACAUCAAAAACUAAAUGAACAGCUAAAUUUCCCCGUGUACGUGUUAAUGUU